UGAGUUUAGGGCAGGGUAAUAGUGCGCGUUGCGCCUUCUUUCUCCUCGGUUCUUCGAUUCUCCGGCGCUAGCGCUCUGGGGGGACGAUUCCUUUGCGCGAUGACAAUGCAGGGCUGAAGGCGCUACUCCUGCCGCUGGCGCUCGAGGUCUCGCCGCGAGGGUUUGGUGCUUUGGUUAGGGAUUGUGGGGAGGCAUGGAUUCCAAGAAGCUGCAAGUGAGCCCCAGACCCUCGUCCGGCCGGCGCAUCCAAGCGGGCAAGCGACCACGUCCUGACGAUUACUGCGGCAACAGUGUCCGAAAGCUCAUGAGGCGAGAGAUCAGCCGCGCGGGCAACUGGGCGUUCAAUCGGACAAGCUCCCAGGAGAAGUUUCGAAACUUCCAGCUCCAGGAAGAGUUUGAUACCCACGAUCCCAAAGCGCACAGAUGCUUGAAACUUCCAUUCUUAAAGAAGAGGUCCAAGAUCGUGGAGAUCGUUGCUGCCCGUGACAUCGUUUUUGCUUUGGCGCAUUCGGGCAUUUGUGCUGCUUUCAGCAGAGAAACAAAUAAGAAGAUCUGUUUUCUCAAUAUCAGCUCCGACGAAGUCAUCAGAAGCCUUUUCUAUAACAAAAACAACGACUCGCUCAUCACUGUUUCAGUAUACGCAUCUGACAAUUUCAGCUCACUAAAAUGCAGGACAACACCCAUCGAGUAUAUUAGAAGAGGACAGCCUGACGCUGGAUUUCCUUUGUUCGAAACAGAAUCAUUGCGUUGGCCCGGCUUCGUGGAGUUCGACGACGUGAACGGAAAGGUGCUAACGUAUUCCGCACAGGAUCGGAUUUACAAAGUUUUUGAUCUCAAAAACUACACCAUGCUGUACUCUAUAUCUGACGAGCAUGUCCAAGAGAUUAAGAUAAGUCCUGGCAUUAUGCUGCUCAUAUUUGACAGAGCGGCGAGCCAUGUUCCUCUUAAAAUCUUGUCCAUCGAAGAUGGUUCCGUUCUAAAGGCGUUUAACCAUCUCCUCCACCGCAACAAGAAGCUCGACUUCAUCGAGCAAUUUAACGAGAAGCUGCUAGUGAAACAGGAGAACGAGAACCUCCAAAUCCUUGACGUACGAAACGCCCAACUGACGGAAGUGAGCAGGACCGAAUUUAUGACACCGUCGGCCUUCAUCUUUCUGUACGAGAACCAGUUGUUCCUCACGUUUCGCAACCGCACUGUCGCCGUGUGGAACUUCCGCGGCGAGCUGGUCACUUCCUUCGAGGACCACCUCUUGUGGUACCCGGACUGUAACACAAACAACAUCUACAUCACCAGCGAGCAGGACCUCAUCAUCUCCUACUGCAAGGCCCAGGGAUGCGACGAAGAGACAGUAGGCUCGAUCAACAUCAGCAAUAUCCUGACCGGGAAGUGCCUGGCAAAGAUCCGAGCCGACGAUCCCAGCGUCAAAGUGAGCCCGCGGUGUCACGCAAACUCGUCCAACAUCCGAGGCUCGGUCCGUGAGGCACUCGAGGACGUGACGGCGUUGUUCUACGACGAGGAGAGGAACGAGAUUUACACUGGUAACAGGCAGGGGCUUGUCCACGUUUGGUCCAACUGAUAGAUCUCAGAGAGAGAGCGAGCGUUCUUUUGUCCGUGCUAGAAGAUCCUCAUCGCUCCUUGGUUCGUAACUUCUCUUUUAAUGCGUUCUUCUGGUCUCACGGCAGGCGAUAUUUAUCUCUCUCGUAAGAGCAGGCAAAGUUUCUUA